UUUGAGAAUUGCACGUACGCUUGGAGGUGAAGCAUCGACGCCGGCUGUCGUUAAAAGCCGAGGAUUCCGUCGACUCCCCGACGCCGUUAAAAUCCACCCGUUACCGCUGCGACUCUCACCGUCUCCGCUGUGCGUGCGCGCUCCUCUCCCGGCCUCCUUUGAGCUCCAGUUAUGGAUCCCGGAAACCCUAACCCUACGCAUCGGAGCCCCCGAUAGAGGCGGAAUAGAGAUGGCGUCUGCGACGGAGGAGGGGACGGAGAGAGGCUCGUGGGAGGCGGCGCUGCGGAGGUUGCUCCCGCACGGCGCGCCGCUCCCCGACGAGGAGCACCUCGACUACUCCAUCUCCGUCGGAUGCGACUUUCCCCCGGCCCCCCACCACGUCUCCGAAGUGGAGUCUCUGGAGCCCCGCGGUGCCCCCGCUUCCGUUGCCGGUGGUUGUGGCCACUCCCUCCCCGGUGGGCCUCGGUUCAACCGCCGACGAAGCGGCGACCCGCCUCGGAGGAUGCCAGUUGAGAGGGCUAGGUCGUCUUCCGUCGCGUGCGCGUUUGCGGAGCCCGAAGGCGGCGCGUUGCGGUCCGGCGCCAGGACUUCCUCGGCACGUGGCAUCAGUUCUUUCUCCGGUUCGGCGCGACCUGUGGCGGUUACAUUCGGCGCGGAGAAGGAUUCGGAGGAGGACCUAGCCGGAGGCGCCACCGCCGCGGAGCCGGCGCCGGCGAGGGAGAGGAGGAGGGGCGUCUGCUUUCGGUGCGGGAAAGGUAACAUCCUGAAGGAGAGGGAGGCAUGCUUGGUGUGCGACGCGAGGUACUGCAGCAAUUGUGUGCUGAAGGCCAUGGGGUCAAUGCCUGAGGGGAGAAAAUGUGUGAGCUGCAUUGGUCGUCCGAUUGACGAGUCCAAAAGGUCGGGGCUUGGUAAGUGCUCUAAGAUGCUGUCUAAGCUGUGCAGCCCGUUGGAGAUCAGGCAGGUCAUGAAGGCGGAGAGGGAAUGCCCUGCGAACCAGCUCAGACCAGAGCAAUUGGUUGUCAAUGGCCGGCCAUUGCAGCAGGAGGAGCUCGAUGAAGUCUUGGGGUGCUCGAUGCCGCCUCAGAAACUGAGGCCUGGGAGAUAUUGGUAUGACAAGGAUUCAGGACUCUGGGGGAAGGAAGGUGAGAGGCCUGACAGGAUUAUAAGUUCGAAACUCAAUAUAGGAGGAAAGUUACAGUCAGAUGCAAGCAAUGGUAACACACAGGUGUAUAUCAAUGGACGAGAAAUUACACGGAUAGAACUCAAGGUUCUUAAGUUGGCGAAUGUGCAAUGCCCACGAGAUACUCAUUUCUGGGUAUAUGAUGAUGGUUCUUAUGAGGAAGAGGGUCAGAAUAACAUAAGGGGAAAGAUAUGGGAAAAGGCAUCUACUCGUCUCAUAUGUUCAUUGUUCAAAUUGCCUACACCUCCUGAGAAUCCUCCUGGGUCGAAGGAAGAUUCAGCUGCAUUUUCAGUCAGGUCUGUGCCGGAGUAUCUGGAACAAAAAAGAGUUCAGAAGCUUUUGUUACUUGGCUUAGAGGGCUCAGGAACCAGCACCAUCUUUAAACAGGCAAAAUACUUGUACGGAAACCAAUUCUCUCCUGAAGAAAUGCAAAAUAUGAAGCUUAUGAUUCAAAGCAGCCUGUACAGAUACCUUAGCACUUUGCUUGAAGGACGUGAGCAUUUUGAAGAUGAGGCUUUAGAGGGGAAAAGAGCUGGUUCACUGCAUUAUAAUGCAUCCGCUAAUGGUCUAGGUGGAAGUGAAGCACAAAAACAUAACGAGUGUGUUUACUCGAUCAACCAACGAUUAAAACAUUUUUCUGAUUGGCUGCUUCAGAUUAUGGCUAUGGGUGAUCUAGAUGCCUUUUUUCCUGCUGCAACUCGUGAAUAUGCACCUGUAGUGGAGGAGGCUUGGAAGCAUCCUGCAAUUCAAGAGACAUAUAAGAGAAGAAAUGAAUUGCAUUUUCUUCCUGAUGUAGCCAGCUACUUUCUAGAUCGGGCUGUAGAAAUAUCUAGCAAUGAGUAUGAACCUACUGAGAAAGACAUCCUAUAUGCCGAAGGAUUUAGCCGAUGCAAUGGCCUUGCUUUUAUUGAGUUUUCUUUGGAUGAUAGGAGUCAAAUCUCUCAGCAUAUUGAAUGCCCGCAUCCCCAAACAAAGUACCAGCUGAUUCGUGUAAAUACCAGAGGGUUAAAUGAAGGCUGCAAGUUGCUUGAAAUGUUUGAAGAUGUCCGUGCUAUCGUUUUCUGUGUUUCUCUUAGUGACUAUGACCAGAUGUGGCCUCAAAGCUCAGGUGAAUUGUGCAACAAAAUGAUGGCAAGCAAAGACCUCUUUGAGAGUGUAGUGAACCACUCUUCUUUUAGGGAAACACCUUUUGUUCUUCUUCUGAACAAGUAUGAUGCCUUUGAAGAGAAGAUCAGCAGGGUGCCUUUAACAGUUUGUGAGUGGUUUGCAGACUUCAGCCCUGUGAAGGCACGCGAUACCAACCAAUCUCUUGCUAACCAUGCUUACUACUACAUCGCAGUGAAGUUUAAGGAUCUCUAUGCCUCUAUCAGCAAUCGGAAACUGUUUGUCUUUCAGAUGAAGGCACGUGAACGGGCCACUGUCCAUGAGGGAUUCAAGUACAUUCAAGAGGUCCUGAAGUGGGAUGAUGUGAAGGAUGAAAAUGUUUAUGGAAUCCUAGAUGAGUCAUUUUACAGUACGGACAUUAGCUCUUCUCCCUUCUUCAAAUAGGAGUAAUUCUGUCCGGGGAUCUAGCUAGUCUUGCUUUGAUGUAUGUGCUAUUCUUUGGGUCGUUUGUUGUGAUUCUGCUUCUGCAAAUAAGUUCAAUGUUUUGACUACUGAAAUUGAACUGAGCAUCUUCUGAA